GUCACUACGGCCUCCAGCCGAAGGGGGUAGAAGUCGCGGCGACGUGGUGAAUAAGUCCAGAAGCUGUUGCUGGUUCGCUUGUCGCGGUGUGUGAGAGGAUUUCUGAUCAGCAAUGGGUGGCGGGGAUUUGAAUCUAAAGAAAAGCUGGCACCCGCAGACUUUGAAAAAUGUUGAGCGGGUGUGGAAAGCAGAGCAGAAGCAUGAAGCAGAAAAGAAAAAGAUCGAGGAGCUUCAGAGGGAGCUCCGUGAGGAGCGUGCACGAGAAGAAAUGCAGCGCUAUGCAGAGGAUAGUGGUGCCAUGAAAAAGAAGUCUGAUCGUCUAGACUGGAUGUACCAAGGACCCUGUGCAAUGGUGAACCGAGAGGAGUACUUGUUGGGUAGACCCAUCGACAAGUACGCCACUGACAAGAUGGUAGACGAGGAAUCUGGCCCUUCUUCAGAUACUGGGUUACUGCCUGGCUCCAUUUUCUCAGCCACAGGGGCUAACUCUGCCUUGGAUAUGGCUUCCAAAAUCCGGGAGGAUCCUCUGUUUACAAUCAGGAAGCGUGAAGAAGAGCGAAAAAGAGAGACUUUGACUAAUCCCAUGAAAAUGAAGAUGAUCAGAGAAAUGCUGAAGAAGAACCUGGAUAAAAUAGAAAAGAAGAAGAAAAAGGACAAGAAGAAGAAGCACAAGAGACAUCGGCAGUCAAGUUCCAGUGACAAUGGGCAUCGUAAAGCAAAAAAGCGUGAAAAGAGUACAAGUCCUUCAUCCACCUUGGUCCAGAAGAAAAUCCCUGGGUAUGGUUUGAAGGUGAAAGAUUCUCACAGGAUUAAACAGCGACCCAUUUCCCCAUCCUCUGACCGAGGUAAAACAUCUCGUAAAAGCAGGUCAAGAUCACUGUCAGGGAGCCGCACCCGAUCAACAACUCAACAGUCUCGCAAGCAUAGCAGACGUGAAGAUUCACGAGGGAGGAGAUCCAGGUCACCAUCUCGCUCACCUCCGAGACACUCAAAGGUGCAUUCACAGUACUCUGACACAGGACAUAUCCAUGAACAGAAAUCUCUAAAGAGAGAAGGGUACCAGAGGAGACCUCAUUCCAAUCAGUCAAGAAAACUUUCUGCAGAGGAGCUCGAACGCAAACGGUUAGAGAUGAUGGAGAAUGCAAAGUGGAGGGAUCAAGUUCGCCAGUGCAACAUUAAGCGGUACAAAGAGGAGGAUGAAAUGGAGCAAGAACGAGAGAAAAGGGAUAAAGGGGAAGCAAAAUUCCUUCACAAAAUGAAACUGCAAAGCACUGCUACGUCUUCGUUAGAAGACCGUGUGAAACGCAAUAUUCACUCCAUACAGCGGACACCUGCAGCCUUAGAAAAGAACUUCAUGAGGAAGUGAAUCAGACUGUAAAGAUGAACAAGAGCCAAGUUCCUGUUGGAAGACAAUUUAUGCAAAAACAAAGCAGUAGCUGCCAGACUUGCCUUUCCUGGGAGAAGACCUAGAAAUCAAUAUUACUCAGGGAAACAUUCCUAAUGCUAAUUGAUGCAGAGCCCUCCCCAUUUCCCAUCAGCAGAGGAGUACAACCAAAGAUGCUGGUGGAAUUUAUAAAGGGUGUCAGUGCAAAAAGGAAACCAACCAAAGGAAUUGGGUGAUUUGUUCUGUGUCCCCCCCCCCAGCUGAAUCUCACUUUGCUGCUUUGCCCAGGGUAAGGGACAGGGUAUCAAUAUUUCAUUAUUAAUAUCUGUUAGACCCAUUAAGGUAAACAUUGAUGAGCAGGUAAACCUGAGGCAUUUAUAUUUUUAUAUGACGUGGAAGGAAGGCAUUUGACCCAUCAAGUCUAUGUCAGCUCUGAGUAAUUCCAUUUUCCAUUCAUGUUUUCUGUAACCACAUUUCCAUCAAUUUUAUCGCCCAUGUAAUUUUUAACAUUGCCCAGUUGACCUACCACUUGCACAUCUUUGGUGUGGUAGAAUGCUGGAGUCCCAGGGAGUGGGAAUAAACCAGUGUAGCUACAGGAAGAUCAUGCAAACUCCACACAGCCAGCACCCAAAGGCAGUAUUGAAUCUGGGUUACUGGAGCCAUGAGCCAGUGGCUCUUCUAGUUGUGCUGCUGGGAUCUGUUGUAAGUUUCUGUAUUUAAAAUACAAGUGUGACAAGUUUAUUAUGUAUAGCAUGAAAAGAAAGUGCUGGUAAUUCCUGGGUCAGGUAACGUCUGUAGAGAGAAUCUUUGACUUUUCUGAAGAUCUGAUGCACAGAUUCUCUGUUCACAAUAUCCACAUGGAUACUAACAGUAUUGACUCUUCAGACUCAGUCUGAUCUCUUCCUGGGCAUUCUGGACUACUUUGACUCAGAAACCUUACUUUGAUUCACUGAACAAAAGAGUCCAAGCCCUUUGAGCUGGGAAACUGUGCUUACAGUGCACAUUACCUCCACACACUUCUGGAGCACUGUUUUUUUUUGUUUGGUUUCUAGAACUGCAGGUUUUGCUUUGCAGUUGUUUUGAUAUCAGCCAGUGGUUUCCAGUAGUGUUACACACAUAGGUAGUGAUGGAGCUGGGCAAACUGUGUCUGAAUCUCACUCCAAUUGGCUGAAUAAAACCUGUAACUUCAGUGUGACUAUUGGCGGUGCAAAAUUAAGCAGGAAAUGUCAGCGCUGAAGUGUUACCAGGUAUCUUGAAAAUGAGAAGAACUGGAAUUGUGCACCGUGUGUAGAGUGAUUAACCUAUAGGUAGAUCCACAUGCACAUUCAAUUUUGUGAUUCCUUUUGCAUUCCCUUUUCCCACUAUGGAUCUUUUCUCAGCCAGGAGGACAUCUGCCUUCUGCUAUAUUUCUUGGAAAGGUUGUUAUUGUUUCCUGGAAUUGUCCACUCCCUGCUGAAUUUGAGGAUUUGUGUGUAAAACUGUUGCUGUGCCUCUCUGUUUACGAGAGUGUAAAUUGAUAUUUGUUGAGAAUGACUGGGUUUAGUUAACUUGGGGACGUUGCCAAGCAGAAGCUGCCGUUUAUUCCACUUGUAGAAAUAAUACUCACUGCAUUUUCUUUCUGCAUGUGAAAGUUUCAUUUUAAAAACAGCUUUUCACAGCUGCUAUUUAACCUGAGCUUGAUACUGCCAUUGCCUGAUGUGUACACACAAACACAAUCCAGCAGAAGUUGAUACAGCAGUAGGAACCAGAUCUAUUGUUCUCCCCAUCUCAGCACCGUUGGGAUAGAUUGAUUCACUCGGUCAAUUGCCCUGUCUGAAACCAGCAAUUUCAGUGCAAUGUAACAUCAGAGCUUGGCAGCAUUAAUUUUCUGAUUGACUGCUACACUAAGUGGCACAUGUUAACCAACUAAUCAGCAGGGAGUUCCAGAACGUUGUUAAGGGAUUGUGUUUCACCAACUUGUAUGUAGUGUAAGUAAUGAUCAAUCGUAUUUGGUUGCCAGAAAGGUAUCUUCACUGUCAGGUAUAACACCUUUGAUCUGUUUUGUACAAAUUAAUCUGUAAAUAACCAUAUGAUUCAUUUGAUAGUUUUUAUGAAAGAAAAAAUAUAAAACUGUGUUUAAGUAUUUACAAAAUUUAAUGGCAAAAUUUUAAAUGUUCUGAUUUUGUAUACUGUAUUUCAAACCA